AUGGACGCCUCGGCGGCCUCCUUCCUCUCGCUGCUGGUCCUCAUCUUCAUCAUCAGCCUCGCCGCCGAGGCCGGGCCCGCGCCCCAGGGUCGCGAUGUCAAGGCCAUGACGGCACUGUUUGGGUCGCGGCUCUCCUCUCUCCUCAUGGCGGUGCCGCCGCCCCCAUCCGAAGGCUCGGCGGAAGCUCCGGCGGCCCCGGCGGCGGGCGGGUCGCGCUUCCUCGCGGACGAUCUGCGGCGACACGCCAAGAUGCGGAGGCGCGGCGGGAAGUGGACGGCGUUGGGAGGACGAGGAUGCUUCGGCUUGAAGAUGGACCGCAUCGGCGCCGUCAGCCGUCUCGGAUGCUGAACUCUGACCCGCUACCUCUGACCCCUGGCAAAAGGCUGCCGGAAGACUGCGCGCGUGACAAGACAAGCAUGGGUUAAACAUGUGCAUUUGAGAGUUGAGAAGCUGUUGAUAAGCUAAGACGACAUUCCACGACUGGACGCAAGCGUGCGCGAGAGAAAGCGAAAUAAAGAAAAACUUCUUCAAUCAUGUCCGGCGCUAACUGGGUACAUUUCUUCCAAUUAGGGUAAACCCGGUUGAUAGUUGUGUUGAAAAUAAAUCUCUGUUAUCCCCUCUUGACACAUGGCCAAAGCCCUGAAUCCAACUUUACUUUUUCUUUCUUUCUUUACUCUUGUCUACAUUGGGGUACAUUUCCUCCUUGACUGUUUCUGCUUGAGUCAUGUCUUUUUCAGUUUGUAACAUCAGUGUGAAUUUCACUGUCCCGUUUUCAUUAAAAAAACAACAACAACAGAAUAACAAAAAAAAAAAAACGAGAGCACUGACUCCCUUUCACCUUUGCGACCAGUGGGAGUAAAAAGGAUUGCGGCUACGUCCAGCAGGAGGCGCUCACGAGGCCCACCGACGCUUCACUGCCGCGAAAAAAAAAACAA